GCGACUGCGGGCCUAAGCAUGCCGCUCGCGGAGCUGGCGUGUUUCGGGCUUUUGCGCUCUGUCGCACGGAGCUCUCGUUUCCAUGGCAACAGGAGCUCGGGUGGCAGGAGUUUGGGGGGUCUUAUUCACCGGCCCGGCCUACCGGCCCUUUUCCCUGGAAGUUCUUCCACCAUUUUGCGAUUCCAGCACUUUAGUUCAGAAAAUAAAACAGCAGAAAAUCCAGUAUCUCCAAUGUUGAAACAUCUUAUAAUGAAAAUAAAGUCAACUGGUCCUAUUACAGUUGCUGAAUACAUGCGUGAAGUGUUAACUAAUCCUGUGAAGGGAUAUUAUAUGCACCAUGACAUGCUGGGAGAAAAAGGAGAUUUUGUAACUUCACCUGAAAUAAGUCAAAUCUUUGGAGAGUUAAUAGGUAUUUGGUUUGUUAGCGAAUGGAUAGCCAGUGGUAAACCAAAAAGAUUUCAGCUGGUGGAAUUGGGCCCAGGUAGAGGGAGCCUUACUAGUGAUAUUUUACGGGUUUUUAAGCAGCUGAACUCUUUACUUAGUAAAUGUGAAAUUUCCAUUCAUUUGAUGGAGGUUAGUCCCAAGUUAAGUGAGAUUCAAGCAUCAGUACUAACAGAAGAAAACACAAAAUUACAAGAGAGCUCCACUGCUUACAUGCAAGGCAUUACAAAGACAGGACUGCCAAUUUUCUGGUACAGAAACUUAAAUGAUGUGCCAGGAGGCAACAGUUUUUAUUUAGCUCAUGAAUUUCUUGAUGCUCUACCUAUACAUAAAUUUCAGAAAACAGAAAAGGGAUGGCAUGAGUUGUUGGUCGACAUUGAUCCAGGAGCUCCUGACAAGCUGCGAUUUGUCCUUGCACCAUCCAUAACUCCAGCUACAAAGGCUUUCAUACAUGAUGAAGAAUCAAGAAACCAUGUGGAAGUGUGUCCUGAUGCUGGUAUCAUCAUCCAGAAGCUAGCCCAGAAUAUUGAAGAGAAUGGGGGAGCUGCAUUAAUUGUAGAUUAUGGCCAUGAUGGAACAAAAACUGAUACUUUUAGAGGAUUUCGUGGCCAUAAACUUCAUGAUGUGUUAAUAUCACCAGGAACAGCAGAUCUCACAGCAGAUGUUGACUUCAGUUACCUGCAAAGAAUAGCACAAGGAAGAGUAGCUACUCUGGGUCCCAUAAAGCAACAGGAUUUUUUGAGGAACAUGGGCAUUGAUAUCAGGCUACAGGUACUAUUGCAGAAUGCUAAUGAUGUGCAUACUCGGAAUCAGCUCCUCCGAAGUUAUGAAAUGCUCAUGGACCUGGACAAAAUGGGAGGAUGCUUCAAAUUUUUUGCCAUGUUACCUCAUUGCAGACUUAGGCCUUCAGACCAGGUAAUGAAACCAGAACACUCAUCUGUUUCAGCAGCUGUUGCUGGCUUUGGUGAACUUACAUUGAAAUGAAGCCUAUUCGGCAUGUUGUGUGAAAAGAUGCAGAUUUCCCAUCAUGUUCCACUGGGGAAACAAGUUAAUGGUACUGUUUUACUGAUUUCAAGUAAAAUUAUGAAUGUGGCUAGUUAUGUCAAGUACAUGUAACAUGCAGCCAGAAGAGAAAACUACAGUUCUAAUAGAACUAAAAGGUGACAGUAACUCCUGUGGGGGAGGACACACACCACAUUCUGGGUAAGAAAAAAUGCAUCUUAAUUUAUUUUUCUGUCUACUUAAUCCUGUACUGUAAAAUAUAUUCACACUUAUUAAAGGCCUCACUUCUUACC